AAAAAGUCAUUGUGGUGUUUAAAAAAGCAAAUACUCUUAGAUCCUGGGUUUUCCAAUACUGACAGAUUGUGAUUUACAGUUUAGUUAAAAUGAGGCGAAGCUCAACUACUGCCGGAAGCAGUGGUCGGCAAUCUAUGAUGGCCCUGAGAGUGCAGGACAGCAACAAGAUGGGUCUUCAAACACCUCAGACAAAGGACAGAAGUAUGUUUGGGAAGCUGACCAUGAGCAAACCUACACCUGGAACUUCGGAAAGAAAAGUCAGCUUUUUUGGGAAGAGAACUAGUGGGGCUGGAGGUUCACGCAACAGUCAGUAUGGUGUGUUUGGUACUGAAAAGAUCAAGGAUCCCAGGCCGCUUCAUGACAAGGCAUUCAUCCAACAAUGUAUCAAGCAGCUGUGUGAGUUUCUUGUUGAGAAUGGUUACGCCCAUAAUGUUUCCAUGAAAUCACUACAGUCUCCAUCAGUUAAGGACUUUUUAAAAAUUUUCACUUUUAUCUAUGGAUUUCUCUGCCCUUCUUACGAACUGCCUGACUCAAAAUUUGAGGAGGAAAUUCCCAAAGUUUUCAAAGAGCUUGGGUACCCCUUUCCUUUGUCAAAAAGCUCCAUGUACACAGUGGGAGCACCACACACAUGGCCUCAGAUUGUGACAGCUUUGGUUUGGUUAAUUGAUUGUGUCAAGUUGUAUGCUGCCAUGAAGGAAAAUGCACCAUCAUUUGAUGACGGACAGAGCUGGGGAGGAGAGACAGAUGAUGGAAUCGUACAUAAUAAGCUUUUCAUGGACUACUCUGUGAAGUGCUAUGAGCAGUUCAUGAAAGGGAGAGAUACUUUUGAAGAAUUGGAUGCAGAAGUACAGUCAAAAUUAAAGGAUUUAUUUAAUAUAGAUGAAUUCCAGAUAGAAAGUUUAGAAGCUGACAACAAAAGACUUCAUGAAGAGAUUGCAAGACUAGAAAAAGAAAAAGAAAGUGAGCCGGAUCGUAGAGUAACACUACGAAACCUGAAAUCAUCUCUUCAAGCAGAUGUCCAGAAAUACCAGGCUUAUUUGGCUAAUCUGGAAUCGCAUAUAGUCAUCCUUGAUCAAAAAAUGGAAGGUGUUAAUGAGGAAGUUGAGACAGCAGGAAUGGAAGUAGAAGCAAUGAAGCAGGAGAAUGCCCGACUCCAGCACAUCUUUGAUAACCAAAAGUACUCAGUUGCGGAUAUUGAGAGAAUAAAUCAUGAGAGAAAUGAGUUGCAGCAAACCAUUAACAAGCUGACUAAGGAAUUGGAAGCAGAAGAACAUCAGCUGUGGAAUGAAGAGCUAAAAUAUGCUAGGAAUAAAGAGGCGAUUGAAAUACAACUGGCAGAGUAUCAUAAACUGGCUCGAAAGCUGAAAUUAAUUCCAGUAAGUGCUGAGAAUUCCAAAGGCCAUGACUUUGAGAUUCAGUUUAAUCCUGAGGCAGGACCAAAUUGCCUAGUCAAAUACAGAACUCAGAUCAAGGCUCCCCUUAUGGAGAUCAUAAACCAGACAGAGGAAGACAUUAGGAAAGCUACUCAAUGGAAAAUGUCUUUGGAAGAUACUUUGGAACAGGUGAAUGUAAUGGUAGUGGAGAAGAAAAACAGUGUGAAAAUGCUGAAAGAAGAAGCUGAAAAGCUAGAUGAUCUUUACCAUCAGAAGCUUAAA